AUGACUAUGAAAGAAAAAGGUGUGCAAUCUCAAGAACCAGUCUUAACAAAAAUUGUAAUGCUCAAUGAAUUGAAGCAAUCUACUGAGGAUAAAACUUCUAAGUUACAUGAAGAUAAUUCUACAUUAAUUAAAAAACUUCGCACUAUAGAAAUCUACAAAUUUGCCGAUGGAUUAGAUAUUUUUUUAUUAAUUAUUGGUACAAUAGGUUCAUUCGCUAGUGGUGCAUGUUUUCCAUUGUUAUUAUACGUUUAUCAACAAGUAACUGAUGCACUUGUUAAUUAUGGUAAAUUACAAUAUAUUGAAAAAAUGAAUUUUCAAAAUCGAUCUCAAUUAUCAUGUGAAAAUGGAGGAUUUGAUGUUCCUAAUAAUGCAACAAGUCCUAUUCAAGCUAUACAAAAUGUUGUGAAAUGGUACGUUCUAUUGGGAUGUUUGAGUAUUUUAUUUUAUACUAUUGGUUUUUCGGCCUUUAUGGUGUCAGCUGAACGACAAAUACGUCGAAUAAGAUUUCGUUUAUUUCGAAAUAUUCUCUAUCAAGAAAUGUCCUAUUUUGACGUACUUGGUGGUAAAGGUAAAUUAACUAAUAUGCUUACAGAUGAUUUACUCAAAAUUAAAGAUGGUAUGGGUGAUAAAAUGGCCGAUUUCCUAUCUUUAUUAGCUCGUAUGAUUGGUUGUCUUGUUUUUGCACUUGUCAAAGGAUGGAAAUUAAGUUUAGUUAUUGUGGCUGUAGCUCCACUUGUUAUUAUUGCUUUUAAUUUAACAAUUAAAUUUACUGUUAAAUAUACAAAAAAGCAAAUACAUGCUUAUGCUAAAGCAAAUAAUAUUGCACAAGAAGUAUUAUUUGCAAUACGUACUGUAACAGCAUUUAAUGGACAGAAAAAAGAAUAUGAAAGAUAUGCCAAUACUUUAUCUGAAGUACCAUUAAUUGGAAUGAAAAAAGGAAUUAUUCAAGGUUUAUGUCAAAUAUUUUCAAAUAUUGCUACUGGUAUUGUAUUUACUGCUGCACUUUGGUAUGGACAAUAUUUAAUUAAAACAGAAUGUCAUACUUAUUCAGCUGGUAUACUUGUUGUUAUAUUUAUUGCUUGUUUAAAUACAACAUGGAGUCUUAAUCAAAUAGUUCCUAGUUUAGAAAAAUUUGCUGAUGCUACAGCUUCUGGUUCAUUCAUUUUUGAAACAAUAUCAAGAAAAUCCAAAAUUGAUGCAUCAAAAGUAAACGAAGGUGAAAAACCGGCAUCACUUACAGGAGAAAUCAAACUCGAAAAUGUUCGAUUCACAUAUCCAGCUCGUCCGAAUCAACCAAUUCUUCAAGAUAUUAAUCUCACAAUUCCAAGUGGUAAAACAGUCGCUUUAGUUGGACAUUCUGGAUGUGGAAAAAGUACUGUACUAUCUUUAAUAACUCGCAUGUAUGAUCCUGAUCAAGGUCAGGUGUUAUUGGAUGGUCGAGAUAUUCGACAAUUAAAUAUUGAAUGGCUUCGUUCACAGAUUGGGUAUGUUGGACAAGAACCUGUUUUAUUUUCCGGUACAAUUGAAGAUAAUAUUCGAUUGGGUAAACUUAAAGCGACAGAAGAAGAAAUUCAUGAAGCUGCUAAAAUGGCAAAUGCGCAUGAAUUUAUUCUUGAUUUACCUGAAAAAUAUCAAACAUCAGCAAAAGGAAUGUUAAGCGGUGGACAAAAACAACGAAUUGCUAUUGCUCGUGCAAUUAUAUCGAAUCCAAAAAUUUUACUUUUAGAUGAAGCAACUUCAGCAUUAGAUAAUCGAAGUGAAAAAAUUGUACAACAGGCAUUAAAUAAAGCUAGUAGAGGUCGAACAACAAUUAGUAUUGCACAUCGAUUAACAACUAUUCAAGAUGUUGAUCUUAUUCUUGUUUUUGAUAAAGGAUAUAUUAUUGAACAAGGUACACAUAGAGAAUUACUACAAAUUGAAAAUGGAAUUUAUCGUUCAUUGACUGCUCAUUCAUAUCAAGAUGAAGAAGAUGAACAAGAUGAAGAAGAAAAUGUUCUACGACGAGAAAUGUCAAAUAAGUCUUCAUUAAAACUACUACAAAAAAUAUCUUCGCUUGGUAUUGAAGAAUCAUUAUCAGAUGACGAUAUAGAAAAUAUAAAACAGUCUUGUUGUCAUACUCCAUUCUUCAUUAAAUUACUUAAAUUAAAUUCACCUGAAAAAUUUUAUUUAUUUAUCGGUUCUAUAUGUUCACUUGUUUUUGGUGGUAUUGAACCAGCAGUUGGUUUAAUAUAUUCAAUAAUUUAUGGUCUCUUAGCUAAUCCAAAUCUUAACGAUCAAUCCAUACGUACACGAAAUUUAUCUUUGAUUAUUUUUGGUAUUUAUGUAUUUGGUGGUAUUGUACAAUUUCUUAGUACAAUUACAUUUACUAAAUCAGGUGAAGCAUUAACAUUACGUAUGCGUUUGCGUACAUUUGAAGCAAUGUUAAGACAAGAAAUGAGUUGGUUUGAUGAAGAAAAAAAUAGUAUUGGAUCAUUAGUUACUCGUUUAUCAAGUGAUGCAGCUGCUCUUAAAGGUUUAACGGGUGCUCGAUUGAAUGGACUUGUUGCAUCGUUAGGUGCAUUGAUAUUUGCACUUAUUGUUGCAUUUAUGGCUGGUUGGAAAUUAACAUUAGUUGUUCUAUGUUUUACUCCAUUAUUAAUUUUUUCCGGUUAUUUACAAGGACAAACACAAUCAAAAGCAGGUCAAUCAAAAACAGCAAAAUCAUUUGCUGAAGAAGGUGGAAGAUACGCAGUUGAAGCUAUUCAAGAUAUUCGUACAGUAGCAACAUUAAAUCAAGAAAAAUUUUUUAUUCAAAAAUAUGAAGACGCAUUUAAGCAAGAUUUUAAAAACCGAAUGUGUAAAAUUCAAGUUCAAGCAUUAGGCAAAGCAAUUGCAAAUUCAUUUUUAUAUUUUAUACAUGUUACAACAUUUAGUUAUGGUGCGAGUCUAGUUGAAACUGGUGAAAUGGGUUUUGCAGAAGUUUUUCGUGUAUUUAUUGUUAUUAAUUUUGCUUCAAUGUCUAUUGGUCGAAGUACAUCUGUAAUGGCUGAUUAUAAUACAGCUAAAGCAGCAGCACGACGUAUACUUACAUUACAUAAUCGACAGUCUGAAAUUGAUCCAUAUAAUGAAAGUGGUUUAAAACUGGAUGAUUUUCAAGGAAAUAUUGAAUUUCAUAAUAUUGAAUUUUCAUAUCCAGCACGAAAAAAUCGACGUGUCUUACGUAAUUUUAAUCUUAAAUGUUUACAAGGACAAACAACAGCAUUAAUUGGGCCUUCAGGCUGCGGGAAAAGUACAACUAUUUCUCUUUUACUUCGUUUUUAUGAUUCAAUGAAAGGGAAAAUUUUGUUGGAUCAACAUGAUAUUAAAGCAUUAAAUAUAAAUUGGCUUCGUUCAAUAAUUGGUUUUGUUCAACAAGAACCAAUUUUAUUUGAUCGUACUGUAGCAGAAAAUAUUGCAUAUGGUAUUCAAGAUCGACAAGUAUCAUUAGAAGAAGUACAAGAAGCAGCUAAACAAGCUAAUAUUCAUGAAGAAAUUAUUCAAUUUCCUCACGCUUAUAAAACUAAUUGUGGUAAUGCAGGAAAUAAUCAACUUAGUGGUGGUCAAAAACAAAGAAUAGCCAUAGCUCGAGCAUUAUUACGAAAACCUAAAAUACUUUUACUUGAUGAAGCUACAUCUGCACUUGACAAUAGAUCUGAAGGAAUUGUGCAAGAAGCUAUUGAUAAUGUACGAAAAGGUCGAACAUGUUUGACUAUUGCUCAUCGAUUAACAACUAUAGAAAAUAGUGAAAAGAUUGUUGUAGUUGAACGUGGUCGUGUACGUGAAGAAGGUCAACAUGAAGAUUUAUUACGACAAAAAGGUUUAUAUUAUAGACUUCAACGAGCAGCAGAACAAUGA